UUACGCAUUCCAAGGAGAGAGUUUGCCUUCUUCCUCACUCUGUGUGUGUACAUCCCAUCCUAGCAUUCAGAGCUCUCUACCCCCACCAUUGCCCUUGCCCCCAACAGAAACCGGUAAAAUACUUUUGGCAUUAGCAAAUCAUUUUGUCGAGCUACAUCAACACCGGAGUUGAAGAAUAUUUGGCAAUCACUUGCUGUGGAUUCUGAUUUCUUAUCAAGGGUUCCAUUUCUGUAUUUGGCAUGGCAACCAAUGAAAAUCUUCCCCCUAAUGUGAUAAAGCAACUUGCAAAGGAAUUGAAAUGUCUUGAUGAGUCUCCUCCUGAGGGCAUUAAAGUUGGAGUAAAUGAUGAUGAUUUUUCAAUCAUUUAUGCUGAUAUCGAAGGCCCAUCUGGAACUCCAUAUGAGAAUGGUGUUUUUCGCAUGAAGUUGUUGUUAUCUCAUGAUUUUCCACACUCCCCUCCUAAAGGUUAUUUUCUAACUAAGAUUUUCCAUCCAAACAUUGCUAAUAAUGGUGAGAUAUGUGUGAACACACUAAAAAAGGAUUGGAAUCCAAGUCUUGGAUUACGACAUGUUCUCAUUGUUGUCAGGUGUUUACUAAUUGAGCCAUUCCCAGAAUCAGCUUUAAAUGAACAGGCUGGCAAGAUGCUGCUCGAAAAUUAUGAUGAAUAUGCCAGGCAUGCCAGGCUUUACACAGGAAUCCACGCUAAGCCAAAACCAAAGUUUAAAACAGGAGCAAUUUGUGAAUCAACCACAGCACUGAACGUGGAUCAGUCUAACACCUCAGUCGUCAAUGUUGAUCAGAAAAACCAAGCAGCUAGUGCUGCAUUAUCAAUGCCACCUCCAGUGGCCCCAUCUGCCGCAGCUCCUAAAGGAGGAAAUAGCCAGGACCAGGCAGCAUCGGCAGUUCCAACAUCUGAAACAGGUGUUAGUGGAGCUGCUGCCACGGCAACAACAGGCAUUACCCAGAAGAAGGAAGGGGUGGCAAAAGUUCAGGCAGACAAGAAGAAAAUGGAUGCUAGAAAGAAAAGUCUGAAGAGACUAUGAAAAACUUGAAUCAACAAUAGAAAUUGGUUGUUUGC